AUGGGCGGCAACAUCAGCUGCACCCAGAAGCUCGCCGAGAACAAGUACCUGGGCGAGCUGUGCGGCAAGGCGCCGAUCGGGCAGAAUGACGAGUUUUGGAAGGGGCUGUUCAACUUCUACCUGACGCUCGACCUCGAUGAGGCAGCGACCGGGAAGGCCGUCGAGACGCUCAUCGAAGGCUACAAUGAGCAGUUGAUGGAAAACACGCGCGAAUCCGAGAAUUUGGACCUGUUGUUGCACGUGUUCUUCGAGAAAUCGACGGUGCUGAUCAAUUCGAACGCCCAGGAGGAAAAACUCCUCAAUUUCCACGUCCAAAACGGGCUGAUCAUCGUGAAAAAUGUCAUCAAAUUCUUGUGCUCGCGCUUCACUGAGGAGGGCUUGCACGAAUUUUUGCAAAAAGGCGAGGAGGAGAAGCGGAUUGAUCGCCUCCACCAACUCGUUCUCCAGCUCACCGACAUCAUCAUAAAACUACCGGUCAAUGAUACCACAAUGCCCGUCCAUAUCGAGGCGCUAAAGUGCUGUCUAGCCCUGCUGAGCUCGCAGUUGUAUCGCGAGGACGUCGUCCAGGAUUCCAGCAUUUUUGGGCUUUUCCUGGUGGAGGAGUGCAAAGAUCGAGCCACGAUUCUGACAAAAGUUUUGCUGGACAACUACCUCAGCCACAACGCCGAGUAUAGGGCACCGCAUCAGGAGAAGGUUCCGGAGAGCAUCGUGCUUGGAUUGGCAGGAUCUCUCUGGAAUAUGGUGACGGUGGCAACUGGAUUAAAUGAUGCAGCCGAGGAAACGAAGCCCCUGGUCGUCUCGCUCGGCAGCCUAUCCCUGUUAUUAGCCCUCGUUUUGACGUGCCACAACUCGAGGGGCAGGAAUGCUUUCAAGGAGACGAUGGCCAUUUUUCAGAAUUCGCAAGAAAUCUCCGUGCUGGCCGCCGAGCUUCAAACUUUCAAACUGGCCUACAACGCGUUGUACGAGCGACUUUGCGACUCGAUAGAGCAGGAACCCCCAAUGCUGCUCCUCUACAUUCUCCUCCACCACAACGUCGGCUUCCGGAAUUACGUACUGUCGCGCAUCAACCUCGAGAAGCUCGUGCUCCCCAUACUCCGAAUCCUACACGAUGGAUCACGAGCACAGGCGGCGUCCAACACUCAUCACAUGUAUUUGGCACUGAUCGCCGUGUUGAUACUGUCGGAGGACGACUUUUUCUGCAAAAUCAUCCACGAGACGAUGGUUCGAGGCGACUGGAUCGACCCGAAUCGACCGAUUGGCGAAAUCUCGCUCGGCGGCCUGACGAUUAUUGUUUUCAUUCAAACUUUGAAGAAGAACGUGUUGAGGACAAAGGACCGCUAUCUCCACACGAAUUGCCUAGCCGCGCUGGCCAACAUGGCGUCCUGCUUCAAAAACCUGAGCCCGAUCGUGUGCCAGAAGGUUGUUGGGCUAAUUGAGACCCUAAAUAAGCGCUACGUCAAGCUGGUCGAUACCGUGAAGCAAAAUUCGAUAAACGACAGCCCAGAGAGUGAGAAGAGCGACGAAAACUUGCAAGACGACGUCACAGUUCUCGAAGAGGGCAUCCGCACCCUGCUCGAAAUCUUAAACAGCGCCAUUAGCGUGCGGUUACGACACAAUGCCAACCUCAUCUACACCCUGCUGUAUCAUAAAGAACUCUUCGACAGCUUCCGGCAACAUCCAAUGUUCCAGGAUCUUCUGAAGAACAUCUCGCUGGUCAUCGAUCACUUUUCUACUAAAAUUGAUGGCGUCAAAGGCGGGUCUCUGAUCACCGUCAUCGAGGAGGAGGCUCUUAUCUGGCGCAUGGACAAGCUGCAAAAGUUCCCGGAGCUGAAGUUUAGAUACGUCGAGGACGAGAACACGAUCGAGUUCUUCGUGCCCUACGUUUGGCGUCUGGUCUACGAGCACGCCGACCUCAGGCUUGAAAGCCAGAAAAUCAAGGUGUUCAACGCGAUGGCGAUUCGGAAA